AUGUCAAUCGUCAAGUUCCUGAAAUCCAAACUGUCGCGCAACCCUUCUCCCACCAUGGCUGCCACCAAGAUCAAGAUCAUUCCCAACCCGCACUACCAGAAGUCGGGGACGAAGUCCUAUGUGCAUUUGAUGCGAAAGUAUGGCUUCCACCCAACCAAGGAGGGCCCAUAUACCAUCGGCACGGUCAUGCGGCAGACUGGUCGCCAGUAUACUGACAAGCCUAUUGGGGGUCGGGUUCAUGCUCGUCAAGUCCUGCAGAAGAAGAGUAUCGAUACCAAUGAGGUUGGAGAGGUUGGAGCCGACGAUGUCCAGAAUGAUUCCAUGUAUCUGGCGCAGAUCGGUAUUGGUACACCUGCUCAGAAUCUGAAUCUUGAUUUCGAUACUGGCUCGGCGGACCUUUGGGUCUGGUCCACCAAGCUGCCAUCUGCCACUCUGUCUGAGAACAAGAAUCACACUGUUUUUGACCCCAGCAAAUCGAGCUCCUUCCAGAACAAAGCCGGUUCCACAUGGAAGAUUUCCUAUGGAGACGGAUCUUCCGCCUCUGGCACUGUUGGCAACGACGACGUCAACAUCGGCGGCGUGGUAGUCAAGGGUCAGGCUAUCGAAUUAGCAGACACCCUCUCAGCACAGUUUGCCAGUGGCGCCGGCGACGGUCUACUUGGCUUAGCAUUUGGUAACAUCAACACCGUCAAGCCGGCCGCCGUUAAUACACCCGUUGAGAACAUGAUUACCCAAUCAGAUAUUCCAAAGACUGCAGAGCUAUUCACCGCAAAGCUUGGAUCUUGGAGGGACACGGAUGAGCCGGAUAAGGGCGAGUCAUUCUACACCUUUGGGUUCAUUGAUCAGGAUACCGUCAAGGCCUCGGGCGAAGAUAUCUACUACACACCCGUUGACAAGAGCCAGGGUUUCUGGAUGUUUGACUCGACAUCAGCAACAGUGAAUGGCAAAUCGAUUGCUCGUGCGAGCAACAAGGCUAUCGCCGACACUGGUACUACUCUGGCCCUCGUCGAUGAUAGCACAUGCAAGGCGAUCUAUGAUGCGAUUGAAGGAGCGUACUACGAUACAAACAGCCAGGGCUAUAUCUACCCGACCAAUACCGCUCUGGAUAAGCUACCGGUUGUGUCAUUUGCGGUUGGUGAUAAGCAAUUCGUCGUUCAAAAGGAGGACUUGGGCUUUGCGGAGGCCAAAUCGGGGUAUGUCUAUGGUGGUAUCCAGAGCCGAGGCUCGAUGGAUAUGGAUAUCCUCGGUGAUACCUUCCUGAAGGGGAUCUACGCUGUAUUCGAUAUUGGUAACACGCGCUUCGGCGCUGUGCAGCGAAAGGAACUUCACCAGAACCUGUCUGCGCCUCCUCAAUAG